AGGCAGCAGCAUCCCAGAACAUCAGUAGCAAACACGGAAGGAUACCCAGAGUGUAAUAUGUAGACGCGGAAGUCCAGCAGCGAUACGUAAGGACUUGGGUACUGCCACUAACUCAAAUCGGAGCACUCCUGCUUGCUCACCUGUCCUGCGAAAACGCUCCCCUGCACAACUGAGCCCCGAGGCAGACGGCAACAUGGUGGAGAAGGGUUCAUCAGACCAGGCCUCGGACCGCUCCCCCACCACCCCAGAACAGCAGCAGACCUCCCAGCACCAACGCACUUGCUCCCAGUCUGUCCAUCCCACCAACACCAGCACCCGCAGCGGUGGCAAGAACUCCAAGAAAAGUCAGAGCUGGUACAAUGUAUUGAGUCCCACUUAUAAGCAGCGUAAUGAGGACUUUAGGAAGCUUUUCAAGCAGCUGCCUGACACCGAGCGCCUCAUUGUGGACUACUCCUGUGCCCUGCAGAGGGACAUCCUCCUGCAGGGACGCCUCUACCUCUCAGAGAACUGGAUUUGUUUCUACAGCAACAUCUUCCGAUGGGAAACGCUGCUGAUGGUUCGAUUGAAGGACAUCUGCUCCAUGACCAAGGAGAAGACAGCCCGCCUCAUCCCCAACGCCAUCCAGCUUUGCACUGACAAUGAAAAGCACUUUUUCACCUCAUUUGGGGCGAGGGACCGGACAUACAUGAUGAUGUUCAGACUGUGGCAGAACGCUCUCCUGGAGAAGCCUUUAUGUCCAAAAGAGCUGUGGCACUUUGUCCAUCAGUGUUACGGUAAUGAACUUGGCCUCACCAGUGAUGAUGAAGACUACGUACCUCCUGAUGAGGACUUCAACACCAUGGGCUGCUGUCCGUCUCCGUGGUGCAGGUACUGUGAAGAGCUGCCCGUGGAGGAAACCAACGAGCAAAGCAACGACACCAGCAACGCCCUCGGCAAGAACGCUGAGGCCAAGCCCGAUGUCAGCCCUGUCCUUCCCCACAAAGCCUUCCCCAACAACACUCUGCCAGAGCUGCCCAGCACCGACUCUUCAGUCCCUCAGUAUGACCUGGCACCUGUGGAGGAUGUAUCCACCCCUCUCCCUGACGCAGACCUGCUGACCCUCCCCAUGCCCGAAAAUCGCAGCAGCCAACACAGCAGCCAGCACAGCAGCCACGCCCCUUCACCAUCACCAGACCUCAACGACAACGAGGACCUGCCCACCGAGCUUAGUGACUCAUCUGAGACCCACGACGAAGGUGAGGUUCAAGCUUUCCACGAGGACCUGAGUGGCAGGCAAUACGUCAACGAGGUCUACAAGUUCGGUGUGGACAAGAUGUAUGACUUACUUUUCACUGAGUCUGAGUUCAUGAGGGACUUUCGGGAGCAGAGGAGAUUCUCAGAUGUGGUUUAUCACCCAUGGAGGAAAGAGCUGGAUGGCAAUCAGACAAGAGAGAUCAUGUACACCCUCGCCCUGAAUAAUCCUCUGGCUCCAAAGACAGCCACAGUCACGGAGACACAGACUCUGUACAAGGCGAGCCAGGACAAUGAGUGCUACAUUAUCGAUGCAGAGGUGAUCGCCCAUGAUGUGCCGUACCACGACUACUUCUAUACCCUCAACCGCUACAUGCUCACCAGAGUAGCCAAGAACAAGUGUCGUCUCAGAGUGUCGACAGAGCUUCGGUACAGGAAGCAGCCGUGGGGGCUGGUGAAGGGCUUCAUCGAGAGAAACUUCUGGAGUGGCUUGGAUGAGUACUUCAGACAUUUAGAGUUGGAGCUGAAUAAGUUGGAUGUGCUGCUGGUGGACCCUCACAGACAGUCGCCCAAGAACAAAGCUCUACGGACGGGCACGGGCCGAAGGAGGAAACGAAUACUAGUCCAUCACCUGAGAACGCCCGGGAACUUGGACAAGGCCUUGAGCCCCGUCACCACGCCUGAGGAUGAGGAGGACAUCCACCACAUCAAACGUGUAGCAGGUUCCACACAGACCAGACACGUACCUGAGGCUCCAGGAGGCCUUGCUCUCUACAACUUCUCCAGACUGCUGCUCCUCAUCAGCCUGGUGAUCUGUAUAAGUCUGAUCCUGGUGGUGGUUCUUAAUGUGAUGUUGUUCUACAAGCUGUGGAUGCUGGAGUACACCACACAGAGUCUCACUGCAGCGCAGGAACUGAGACCACAAGAAAGCAGACCUCCCCAGACCCAGCUGGAAUGGGUACAGCUCAUGGACUCCCAGCAGCGUUACCAUGACGAUGAGCUCCAGAAGUGGAAAGACAUAAUCAAAUCAUCAGUGCUGCUGCUUGAUAAGCUGAGAGACUCCCUUCUAAAUCUCCAUAAAAGCAUUGGCCUCAGGGACUACGACUCAGAGUCCGAAAAAAGGAGAAACCAAUAUCACUGAUCGAUACAAUCGAAGCAUGCGGACAUCAUGUGCAAUAUUCAGCCUAUCUUUUCUGAGCCCGCAGAGAGUGUGGCCUUUUAAAGGCAACACUCGGAGUUCAGUCGGAGGGCUUUUUCAACAAAAGCGACCCGUGAUUCAAGUGACCUCAUCAGCCUGCAGUAGAUGAGAGACCGCUAACACACCACAGUGUGUCCUUGCAGGACAUCUGUAGCUUUACUUCUGUCUCGUUCAUCCACAUUCCUCCUUUGCACACAAUGUCGCACCACAAACGUUCUUUUUUUUCCUUCUUGUUGCAUCCAGACAAAGAUCAAACUGACCCAAAGCAUGCAACUUUUUCCCGGCUUCUGAGACUUUGCCAAGUGAAAAUCCAUAUUGGAAAUAUGCAUUCACUUUCAGAGGUGCAAAAAUACAAAUUCUCUUCCCCUUUGAGGAACUCCGACAGCUGCUGUAUCUCUUCGUUUUUUUUAACUUUGAAACUUGGAAACACGAUAAGACUGUAAUAAAUCCACAGCCUGCAGUAUUUCAACCUUUUUUUUUUUAAUUUUUUUUGCUCUACAGAACUACAGAAGGAAUGGAAAUUUAACGGCGUACAUGUGCGUUUGUGGUUGAGUGAGUGUGUUAAUGUGUGUGUGUGCAGUUUUUAAGACGUAUAUGGUAGUCAGGGCUAUUUAUACCAGGCAUAUCGGGCAGAUCAGGGCUGGUUUCCCUGAGAGCUUAUGCCAUACUUUUGUGACUUGAUGUUUAUGUUUUCUAUGGCAUGAAAUACUCUGAACUCUGGCUGCAGCGUCUUUGCUCUGCAGUUUCGAGUUAGUGACAUGUCGAAGAGGAGGAUCUGAUGUGCAAGCAGAGAGAAUGUAUGGGAAGAAAGCAGGAAUGCGUAGUUGAAGGUGGCAUAGCUCCAAGUUUCCUAAUAUGUUGCCAAGGUAAUAAAGAAAAUGUUUUGUUCACAGCCAACCAUUAAUGUCAUUCCAGCGCUUUAAUGAUUUACUCCGACACGUCUCCACUGCUUCAUCACUGCCAAGGCUCUCAUGUCAACAGUGGUAUCCUAUUACUUUAUUGAAGUCAUUUCUGCACAUUGCCAUGUUAAAGUCCUUUAUGUUCUGUGGGCAAACAGUCCAGACACAAUGAAGCAGGCUGAAUGUCAGAUGCAGUGAAAUUCAAUUUCUGCUUAGUUUCCGCUCUGUAUGUUCUGCAGAUAUCAAUCAUGUUUUGGUGGUUUUGCAAACAUUUCUCAGGGGCAGAGCCGAUCUACAUCAGAUAUAAUCUCACCGGUUUGAGUUGGAGGUCAGUGGGCCGAGACACGGAGCCACAGUUCAUUAGAGCAGUGUUUCUCAAAUGGGGGUGUGCGUACCUCAAGGGGUACUUUGGAGUACAGCAGUGGGUACAUGAGAUUUUUGUAAACUGUAAAUUAAGAAAAAAUCAUGCUACACCUGCAUGGAUCAAUAAACUUUGGUACGGCAUCAAAUCUGAUGUUUGCAGACUGUUCAAAGAGAAUGCCUUCUGAAUCACAGGCUACAGCGCACGUCCGUUGACGUCUAUACGCAAGAGCAAAAGCGUGCGUCAUGCAUCUGCGCCACUGUAGUGGUAAGAGCAAAAUGUAAACAAAUCAAGCCCUUGAUACGGCGACAUCUAUGUGUGUCAAGUCAGAAGAGGAGGAGGAGGAGAAUGUGGUCAUGGUCAUGGCUCAAGAAAAGAACUUGGCUCGCCAAAAUUUUGCAGCAAGAGCUCAAAGCAGUCAGUGCCUCAUUUCAUGCUGCAUUGCUAUUGGUUGGUUAGUAGACGUAGGUCGUAACAUCAGUCACACGGUGCGAUGAUCAUCCUAAAUUUGUGACACUGUCAGAAUUUUGUCCCAAGCUGUCUUUGAUCCUCUCUCACUGUGCACAGUUUUAGAGCCACGACCAAAUAUGUCGCCACAUUUCUUUCACGUUGGUCGUCUUUCCUCUGGGACAGCCGAAAAUCUCACAGUGUGUACAGGCUUUACAAGACCGCUCAGGACGGCUUUCAUGUUUACACCCAUCAGCACAUUGAUCAGAUGAUCGUAACCUUUCAGAAUGCAUGGGAUAUUGACGAAUUUGGGUGCAUUAAAAAACAAACCAUUCAUGAGAAAAGCUUGAUAUGAGCAGACUUUUAACAUUGCAGUGCAGCAGUGCAGCUGCCUAACUACCUACAACACGGGGCUUCAGUUGUCCUCAUGAGAUGAGCUGUGUCCUCUCUAACUCUCUUGACUUCAGUUUGAUUUAAGACUCGGAAACAUUUGGCUCUAUCUGUUGAGGUUUACCAACCACAGGUGGUUUCUGCCUCUAAGGAAUGUUUGUCUAAUGAAACGCCACACUGUUUAUCCAGUGUUAAUACCAUUUUCCAGAAAAUGUGUCCAUGUCCCAGUAGGAAGACUUGGUUUCUGUCAGUGUGUGAAAGAAUGUAAUUACUCAGUCACUGCCAGUGAAGCAGCUAUAAGAGUGUCUGUUGAUACUCCCAUGAGUAACCUCUGAGUGACCUGUCUGGGAUCAGUGCGACAGUGUUCGUCCUGCAGAAACUCUGUGUUAAAUUUUUACUGAUACUUGUCCAACCUGUCAGAAUAUUUUCAGCCUCAAGGAUCAAUGCCGAACUUUUUAAAUGUGUGACAAAUGUUAGAAUUUUAAAGAAAGCAAAUGGGAAACAUUUUGAAAUGUCAAUUUGUUGGUGUUACAAGGUUUCUAUGCUACAUUGUUGCAUGCAGAAUCUGUUUUGUAAUGGAUCUGUAAUCCUCUAAAAUGUCCCAUAUGAAGACCGAUAUACCAGGAAAGCAUUACACUCCGUCUCACAGUGACGAAAAUUUAAUUGAGAUAAUAUUUGCACUCAGAGUAUAAGUGUCUAAAAUACUGUGUGAAAACAGGAAGGACAAAGAUUUAUGUUUAUUUCUAUGGUUAAAGAGAGGAGACAACAUUUAAAGGCAUUAAAGCUUUAUUAGUUCAAGGUCGGCACAUAAGAGAAAUUACCACAUAUUCAAUUUAUUUUGACAGAAUAUAAAUAACACAUGGGCUUAAAAAUGAUUGAAGUGCAAU